AUGGACCACGAAGAAGACUGGAAACAGGAAGAAGAACAGGGACACAGAAAGAGACUGGACACAGAGAAGACGGACACAGAAAGAAGACUGGAACCACAAAGAAGAAGGACUAGAUACAGGAAGAAAAGGACUGGACACAGAGAAAGAAGAAUGGACACAGGAAGAAGAAUAGUAGGAAAGAAGACUGGGCACAGGAAAGAAGACUGGACAAGGAAGAAGACUGGCACAGAAAGGAAAGGGACUGGGACACAGGAAAGAAGACUAGAUACCAGAAGAAGGACUGGACACAGGAAAGAAGGACUGGACACAGGAAGAAGAAUGGAAACAGGAAGAAAAGAUGGACACAGGAAAAGAAGGACUGGAACCAGAAGAAGGACUGGACCACAGGAAAGAAGACGGGACAGGAAGAAGACUGGACACAGGAAGAAGACUGGACACAGGAAGAAGACUAGAUGGACAGAAAGAAGACUGGACACAGGAAGAAGACUAGAUACAGAAAGAAGACCUGGACACAGGAAAGAAGAUCGGGCACAGGAAGAAGACUGGGACACAGGAAGAAAAAGACUGAACACCAGAAAGAAGCUGGACACAGGAAGAAGAUCAAGGGAAAGAAGACUGGACACAGGAAAGAAGAUGAACCAGGGAAGAAGACAGUUUACCGGAAAGAAGACUGCACUGGACACGGGAGAAAGACUAGAUACAGAAAGAAGACUGGACACAGGAAAAGAAGACUAG